AUGGAUUACAGCAGAGGUACAAAGAAUUCCUCACAGGCUCCUUCAACUGCUGGUUUUGGCGCCUCCACUUCUGGUGGUUUUGGUAGUGCAUUCGGCGCUUCAAACCCUGCAGGUGGCACAAGCGCAUUCGGUCAAUCAGCUGGCACUGGAUUCGGUUCAAACCAAGGCACUGGGGGUGGCUUAUUUGGCGCUUCACAACCUCAACAAAACACUGCCUUCGGUGGUUCAUCAACCGGUGGUGGUCUAUUCGGACAAACUCAAAGCCAACCGGCAGCUGGUGGUGGAUUAUUUGGACAAUCGAAUACCCAGUCCACUCCAUUUGGUGGUGGUGCGGCUACCGGAGGUGCAUUCGGUCAGCAACCACCAAAACCUUCUCUUUUUGGAUCUACAUCAACUAGUACUCCAUUUGGUGGUGGAACUAGUGGUGGCUCUGCUUUUGGCCAGAGUAACCCUCCGGCAUCCACACCGUUUGGUCAAUCAAGCACUGGUGGCGGUUUUGGCAGCAACACAGGCACAACUGGUGGCACAGGCUUCUCUUUCGGUCAACCAUCUAACACUUCUACUACUACAGGUGGAUUCGGCGCACCAGCAGCUCAACCAAGCACAGGCGGCGGCUUAUUCGGCCAGACCGCACAAAAGCCGGCAUUCGGGGCAGCACCUUCAACCACUCCAUUUGGCCAAUCUUCAGGUGGAUUUGGCUCAGGUUCUACCGGUGGAUUUGGCCAGCCACAACAACCCUCACAGCCAGCUGGAGGCGGUCUAUUCGGUCAGACUCAACCAAGUCAACCAGCUGCAGGUGGUGGUUUAUUCGGCCAAACUAAUAACCAACAACAAAGUGGUACUGGAUUCGGUAGUGGAUUUGGUGGUGGCGGUUUCGGCCAGCAAAACAAGCCAGCAACAUCAGGCUUCGGUGGUGGCUUUGGAUCUACGAACACAACCGGCACUGGUACUGGUACUGGCACUGGUACUGGAUUCGGUGGUGGAUUCGGGCAAAACCAAUCAAGCACUGGUGCGACGGGUACAGCUGGCACGACCGGUGGUGGUCUCUUCGGUGGCCAACAAAACCAGCAACAACCGCCAGCUACUGGCGGAUUUGGCUCAGGCGGUAGUGGCUUCAGCUUUGGACAGAACAACCAACAGCAACAACAACAACAACCUCAACAACAAUCCAGUGGUUUCAGCUUUGGUGGUGGCUUAGGUGGUGCACAAAACAAACCAGCAACUGGUGGAUUAGGUGGCUUCGGCUCAAAUACAGCUACUGGAGCAACUGGUGGUGGUGGAUUAUUUGGCGGUGGAUUGGGUUCAUCAACUAACAACACCAACACCGCAGGAACAGGAGGAAGUCUCUUUGGAGGCGGUACCAAUACUAACACCUCAAGCGGAGGUGGUGGUCUUUUCGGUGGUGGUGCUUCCACUGCUCCUAAGCCUGCUGGUGGUCUUUUCGGCAGUACAGGCACAGGUGGUGGAUUUGGACAAUCAACUACGCAACCAGCACAAACAAAUACUGGUUUCGGUGGCGGUAGUCUCUUUGGACAGUCUACUCAAUCAAAUCCAUUGCAGCAGUCACAACCAAAUUUGAGCGCAUCUGUUGAUCAAUCACCUUAUGGUGUCAAUCCGCUGUUUGAUCUUGGUCCAAACCCACCAAUUGGUCCACAUGCAGUUGCAGUCGGUGGAGCUGCUGCUGCUGCUGCUUCAACUAAAAAGAAACCAGUGUUUAGUGCUUCAGCAAGUGUUCGCUCACCUGCUAGACCACUCAACAGAUUAAGAGGUUUCGCAGCAUCACCAGGUACACCACUUUCACCAUCAAGUGGAAACUUCUCUGCAUCAGUCAUGCCGCCAUCUUCACCAAGUAUGAGUAUAAAUGGAGGUUUAAGAUCAUCACAAAGGUCACUCAGUUUGUCUAGAGCUGGAUCACCAGCAGCCUCAACAAAUGGAGGUGUAUUGGGUGGAUUACCAAGUGAAAAUGCCAUGUCGCCAAAUGCAUUCAUGCCACGCUCGUCAGUUAAGAAAUUAGUCAUUGACCGUAAACCUAUACCAGAUUCACCAAGUGGUGGUAUUCAAUCACCGGGCGUUACACCAUCUAAAGCCGGCGCAAAAGUUAGCUUUAACCCACACCUUGAAAAAGCAGCACAAGAUAGCCUGGGUGAUAGUACAACGAUUUCACAACAUGAAAACACACCAUUGAAGACAUCAACUAAUUCACAAUUCGUUAGAUCAACUACCCCAUCUGCAAGCCCAGCACCAUCUACUCAUACACUCGCCUCAUCUGUUGCUAGCGUUGAAGCAACACCACAAGUCGAGGACGGAGAAUACUACUGUAUACCAAGUUUAGACGAGCUCAACAAGUAUAGUUAUAGAGAACUCAAAUCAGUUGAAGGAUUAAAAGUUGGUAGAAAAGGCUUUGGUGAGAUUCGUUUCCUUGAACCAGUCGAUUUAACGUCUUUGGAUGGAUUAAGUGAGGUUAUUGAAGGAAACUUAAUCUCAUUCGAACAUAAAGUUGUAUAUGUAUAUCCAGAAAGUGUUGAAGAAGGUGAAGAUAAUCCAAAUAACGCACCGAUCAAACCAGCACCAGGACAAGGAUUGAACGUAUCAGCAGAGAUUGAGUUAGACGGUUGCUGGCCAAAAGAUAAAUCAACUGGCGAGUUCAUCAAAGAGGAAAACCAUCCAAGGUUAUCGACACAUUUGAAUAGAUUGAAGAAGGUUCCUGGAACGACGUUCAUAAGUUAUGAAAGUGAACCAGGUAGAUGGAAAUUCCAAGUGCCAGGUUUCUAA